UUUAUAAAAGAAGUCAUUAGACGCAACGUAUUGGUUUACGACUUUCCAUCGGUUAGCCAAACGUUUGAGAUUGCCACAAGCACGAACUAAUGCACGUCAGUGGCCAAGUGUUUUCUUAUAAUGUUGAUGCCCUUGGUGCUUUCGAAAGUAAACAAGACCAUUGAUAUAUGAUGAAGUGAGACAGUGACAACUGCAGCAUCGAGGGCACGUUUGUCUAGACGAGGAAUGGCUUUUCCCGUCAGCUUUUUAAGUAGACUCCUUGUAGGCAAACAUAAUUCAGUCACAGCAAGAGUACUUGGGAAAACGAUACGUGAGUGGCCCAGUAGCAUAUAUCAGCUUAGUGAAAUCAGUAGGCGCAACUUUACACACAAUGCUUGCUUGAAACAAAUGAGAGCAACAUGUUUUGGGGAGAUUUCUGGGCAGCUUUCACCACGGUUGUUCACAUCACAGAACGGCUGGUAUGGAUUGAGAAGAAGGAAGCAUCAAUUCCAUGCAGGGAUUCGAAUGAUAGGAUCAAGAUCAGGGCAGGAAGAGUCUCAUUACAGACGGACUGUCAUCAUUUAUGUAUGUGCCGCAGGUAUUUUCAUGCUAGGGAUGAGCUAUGCUGGUGUGCCACUUUAUAGAAUGUUCUGCCAGGCAACAGGGCUAGGAGGCACUGUUCAGCGAGGCCAUGAAACAUCAAAAGUAUCAGAGAUGCAUAAAACGAAAGACCGUGUUAUAAGAGUGCGUUUUAAUGCAGAUGUAGCAUCCAGUAUGAUGUGGAACUUCAAACCACAGCAAACAGAAGUAAAGGUUUUUCCAGGAGAGACUGCACUGGCAUUCUACACAGCCAAGAAUCCCACAGACAAACCUAUCAUAGGCAUAUCAACAUACAAUGUUGUCCCCUUUGAAGCAGGACAGUACUUUAAUAAAAUUCAGUGUUUCUGCUUUGAGGAACAAAGACUAAAUCCACAUGAGCAGGUGGACAUGCCUGUAUUUUUCUACAUCGACCCAGAGUAUGCUGAGGAUCCCAAGCUGCAGAACGUAGACACCAUCAUCUUGUCCUACACGUUUUUCGAGGCCAAGGAAGGAUUAACUCUCCCUCUGCCAGGCUACAUGGCGCAGUGACAUCGGACAGUGGGUGUCCAGCGACUGGCAUGCGACGCUGGGAACAUUUUCAAUGUUUUUCUCGGUGUCCCCGUGUAAACGUUAAGAAAACGUCGCAAGUUGUACAAUUGUGAUCGUACGAUGUGCGUUAGUGUGGGAUUUGUCCAUGUACUUCGAAAAUCGUAUUUUUAUAAAAGGCUUCGCGCUUGAGAUUUUACAAAGCUAUUAAACACCUAACUGAUGAUAACAGUCACAGUUCUACCCCAUCAGAAGUGAUUGUUAUUAUAAAUAAAUUCUUUUGUUCUUUUUC